AACCGGAGCCCCAGCCCGAGCAGCCGGCGGCCAGCAGCGUCCUCGCCAGCCGAGCGCCCGGGCGCGCCGGGAGCCCGCAGCGGCGGCAGCAGCGCGCCGGGCCGCCCGGGAAGCCUCGGUUCCCGCGGCGGCGGCGGCGGCGGCGGCGGCGGCGGCGGCAACAACAUGGCCUCGGCUGGUAACGUCGCCGAGCCCCAGGACCGCGGCGGCGGCGGCGGCAGCUGCAGCGGGGCCCCGGGCCGGCCGGCCGGCGGCGGGAGGCGCAGACGGACCGGGGGGCUGCGCCGCAGCGCCGCGCUGGACCGGGACUAUCUGCACCGGCCCAGCUACUGCGACGCCGCCUUCGCUCUGGAGCAGAUUUCCAAGGGGAAAGCUACUGGCCGGAAAGCGCCGCUGUGGCUGAGAGCGAAGUUUCAGAGACUCUUAUUUAAACUGGGUUGUUACAUUCAAAAAAACUGCGGCAAGUUCUUGGUUGUGGGCCUCCUCAUAUUUGGGGCCUUCGCUGUGGGAUUAAAGGCAGCUAAUCUCGAGACCAAUGUGGAGGAGCUGUGGGUGGAAGUUGGUGGACGAGUAAGUCGUGAAUUAAAUUAUACUCGCCAGAAGAUUGGAGAAGAGGCUAUGUUUAAUCCUCAACUCAUGAUUCAGACCCCGAAAGAAGAAGGUGCUAACGUCCUGACCACAGAAGCUCUCCGACAACACCUGGACUCAGCACUCCAGGCCAGCCGAGUCCAUGUAUAUAUGUAUAACAGGCAGUGGAAAUUGGAACAUUUGUGUUACAAAUCCGGAGAACUUAUCACAGAAACAGGUUACAUGGAUCAGAUAAUAGAAUAUCUUUACCCUUGUUUAAUUAUUACACCUUUGGACUGCUUCUGGGAAGGGGCAAAGUUACAAUCUGGGACAGCGUACCUACUAGGUAAGCCUCCUUUGCAGUGGACAAACUUUGACCCUUUGGAAUUCCUGGAAGAGUUAAAGAAAAUAAACUAUCAAGUGGACAGCUGGGAGGAAAUGCUGAAUAAGGCUGAAGUUGGUCAUGGUUACAUGGACCGGCCCUGCCUCAACCCGGCUGAUCCAGACUGCCCCGCCACAGCCCCCAACAAAAACGCGACCAAACCUCUUGAUGUGGCCCUUGUUUUGAAUGGUGGAUGUCAUGGAUUAUCCAGAAAGUAUAUGCACUGGCAAGAGGAACUGAUUGUGGGUGGCACGGUCAAGAAUAGUACUGGGAAGCUUGUCAGUGCCCACGCCCUGCAGACCAUGUUUCAGUUAAUGACUCCCAAGCAAAUGUACGAACACUUCAAGGGGUACGAGUAUGUCUCACACAUCAACUGGAAUGAGGACAAGGCAGCCGCCGUCCUGGAGGCUUGGCAGAGGACGUAUGUGGAGGUGGUUCAUCAAAGUGUCGCUCCGAACUCCACUCAGAAGGUGCUUUCCUUUACCACGACGACCCUGGACGACAUCCUGAAGUCCUUCUCUGAUGUCAGUGUCAUCCGAGUGGCCAGUGGCUACCUACUGAUGCUUGCCUAUGCCUGUUUAACCAUGCUGCGCUGGGACUGCUCCAAGUCCCAGGGUGCCGUGGGGCUGGCUGGCGUCCUGUUGGUUGCACUGUCCGUGGCUGCAGGAUUGGGCCUGUGCUCAUUGAUCGGGAUUUCCUUUAACGCUGCAACAACUCAGGUUUUGCCGUUUCUUGCUCUUGGCGUUGGUGUGGAUGAUGUUUUCCUUUUGGCACAUGCAUUUAGUGAAACAGGACAGAAUAAAAGAAUCCCUUUUGAGGACAGGACUGGAGAGUGCCUCAAGCGCACGGGAGCCAGUGUGGCCCUCACCUCCAUCAGCAAUGUCACCGCCUUCUUCAUGGCCGCAUUGAUCCCCAUUCCCGCCCUGCGGGCCUUCUCCCUCCAGGCGGCUGUAGUAGUGGUAUUCAAUUUUGCUAUGGUUCUGCUAAUUUUUCCUGCGAUUCUCAGCAUGGAUUUGUAUCGACGUGAGGACAGGAGAUUGGAUAUUUUCUGCUGUUUUACAAGCCCCUGCGUCAGCAGAGUGAUUCAGGUUGAACCUCAGGCCUACACGGAGACUCAUGAUAACACCCGCUACAGCCCCCCGCCCCCCUACAGCAGCCACAGCUUCACCCAUGAAACCCAGAUCACCAUGCAGUCCACAGUGCAGCUCCGCACAGAGUACGACCCCCACACGCAUGUGUACUAUACCACUGCUGAGCCACGCUCCGAGAUUUCCGUGCAGCCUGUCACCAUGACCCAGGAUACCCUCAGCUGCCAGAGCCCCGAGAGCACCAGCUCCACGAGGGACCUGCUCUCCCAGUUCUCCGACUCCAGCCUCCACUGCCUUGAGCCCCCCUGCACCAAGUGGACACUUUCAUCUUUUGCUGAGAAACACUAUGCUCCUUUCCUCUUGAAACCAAAAGCCAAGGUCGUGGUGAUCUUCCUUUUCCUGGGCUUGCUGGGGGUCAGCCUUUAUGGGACCACCCGAGUGCGCGAUGGGCUGGACCUUACAGACAUUGUGCCUCGGGAAACCAGAGAAUAUGACUUUAUUGCUGCACAAUUCAAAUACUUUUCUUUCUACAACAUGUAUAUAGUCACCCAGAAAGCAGACUACCCGAAUAUCCAGCACUUACUUUACGACCUUCACAAGAGUUUCAGCAAUGUGAAGUAUGUCAUGUUGGAAGAAAAUAAACAGCUUCCCAAAAUGUGGCUGCACUACUUCAGAGACUGGCUCCAAGGACUUCAGGAUGCAUUUGACAGUGACUGGGAAACUGGGAAAAUCAUGCCAAACAAUUACAAAAAUGGAUCAGAUGAUGGGGUCCUUGCCUACAAACUCCUGGUGCAGACCGGCAGCCGUGAUAAACCCAUUGACAUCAGUCAGUUGACCAAACGGCGCCUGGUGGACGCGGAUGGCAUCAUCAAUCCCAGCGCAUUCUACAUCUACCUGACUGCUUGGGUCAGCAAUGACCCUGUGGCUUACGCCGCCUCCCAGGCCAACAUCCGGCCUCACCGUCCUGAGUGGGUGCACGACAAAGCCGACUACAUGCCAGAAACCAGGCUUAGAAUCCCGGCAGCGGAGCCCAUCGAAUACGCUCAGUUCCCUUUCUACCUCAACGGCUUGCGGGACACCUCAGACUUCGUGGAAGCCAUCGAAAAGGUCAGAACCAUCUGCAACAACUACACGAGCCUGGGGCUCUCCAGCUACCCCAACGGCUACCCCUUCCUCUUCUGGGAGCAGUACAUCGGCCUCCGGCACUGGCUCCUGCUGUCCAUCAGCGUGGUGCUGGCCUGCACGUUCCUGGUGUGUGCCGUCUUCCUCCUGAACCCCUGGACGGCCGGGAUCAUUGUGACGGUCCUGGCUUUGAUGACGGUCGAGCUCUUUGGCAUGAUGGGCCUCAUUGGAAUCAAGCUGAGUGCCGUGCCCGUGGUCAUCUUGAUCGCUUCCGUCGGCAUAGGAGUGGAGUUCACCGUUCAUGUUGCUCUGGCCUUCCUAACGGCCAUUGGCGAUAAGAACCGCAGGGCCGCGCUCGCCCUGGAGCACAUAUUUGCACCCGUCCUGGACGGCGCCGUUUCCACUCUGCUGGGAGUGCUGAUGCUCGCAGGGUCUGAGUUUGAUUUCAUUGUCAGGUAUUUCUUUGCUGUCCUGGCAAUCCUGACAAUCCUGGGUGUUCUCAAUGGGCUGGUUUUGCUCCCGGUCCUUCUGUCCUUCUUCGGCCCGUACCCCGAGGUAUCUCCAGCCAACGGGCUGAACCGACUGCCCACCCCUUCCCCCGAGCCACCCCCCAGUGUGGUCCGCUUUGCCGUGCCCCCCGGUCAUGCAAACAAUGGGUCUGAUUCCUCUGACUCGGAGUACAGUUCUCAGACAACGGUGUCAGGCAUCAGCGAAGAGCUUCGGCACUACGAGGCCCAGCAGGGCACCGGGGGCCCUGCCCACCAAGUGAUCGUGGAAGCCACAGAAAACCCUGUCUUUGCGCGCUCCACUGUGGUCCAUCCUGAAGCAAGACAUCACCCACCCUCAAACCCUCGACAGCAGCCCCCCCUGGACUCAGAGUUCCUGCCUCCCGGACGACCAGGCCAGCAGCCCCGGAGGGAAACCCCCAGGGAAGGCUUGCGGCCACCCCCCUACAGACCGCGCAGAGACGCUUUCGAAAUUUCUACUGACGGGCAUUCCGGCCCUAGCAAUAGGGACCGCGCGGGCCCCCGGGGAGCCCGUUCUAACAACCCUCGACACCCCGCAUUCACUGCCAUGGGCAGCUCGGCGCCCAGCUACUGCCAGCCCAUCACCACUGUGACGGCCUCAGCGUCCGUGACUGUUGCCGUACACCCCCCGCCCGCCCCCGGGCCCGGCUCGGCGCGGAGCCCCCGAGGGGGACUGUGCCCGGGCUACGGGGACUACCCUGAGACUGACCACGGGCUGUUUGAGGACCCCCACGUGCCUUUUAACGUCCGGCGCGAGAGGAGGGACUCCAAGGUGGAAGUCAUAGAGCUGCAGGACGUGGAAUGUGAGGAGAGGCCCCGGGGCAGCAGCUCCAACUGAGGGUGAGUAAAAUCUGAAGCAAAGAGGCCAAAGAUUGGAAGCCCCCCCACCACACCCCCGCCGCCCCCACCCCCGAACUGCUUGAAGAGAACGGCUUAGGGUCCUACAGAAGUGCGCACCGGGAGAGCAGUUCCGCGUUACUGUAACCGAUUGUAUUAUUUUGUGAAAUAGUUCUAUAUAUAUUUAAGAGGUGUACACAUAUGUAAUAUACGAAGGAACGGAUGUAAAGUAGUGCGAUCUGGGCUUUCUCCACUCCUGCCCCCAGAGUGGGCAGUGGGGAGGCUGCCGUGGCCCCUCCCCCCCAUUUGGGCAUGGGUCUCUGUGCCACAACCAAGCUUAACGUAGUCUUAAAUUUCAGCAUAUGUUGCUGCUGCUUAAAUAUUGUAUAAUUUACCUGUAUAAUUCUAUGCAAAUAUUGCUUAUGUAAUAGGAUUAUUUUGUAAAGGUUUCUGUUUAAAAUAUUUUAAAUUUGCAUAUCACAACCCUGUGGUAGUAUGAAAUGUUACUGUUAACUUUCAAACACGCUAUGCGUGAUAAUUUUGUUGUUUAAUGAGCAGAUAUGAAGAAAGUACGUUAACCCCGGUGGCUUCUCCAGGUGUAGUUGGAUGUGGUUCUGUUUGGCUGUGUGUGUGUGAACACGUGUGUGGUUUCCCAAUGUACUGUACUGUGAUUUUAUUUUUUUAUUUUUUUUUUUUUGUUUCUUUUCACGUUCUUGUAAUCCUUAGUGGGCUCUGCCCUCCUUGGGCUGGAAGAGUCAGGAUAUCUUUAUUGCUUGGUGCUGGUGGAAAGCUAGCCCUGAAUGUCGCCUUAUCCUUUCGCCAGACUCGUUUCAGGUCCAGGGCAUCUUUUGCGAUCGUUGGCUGCUAUCCAGACACUCCCAAUUCAUGCCUCAGAGGAGACGGGCUCCGUUGCAUGGAUCGUUGUGGUGGACGUUGGAACCUCAGGGUUUAGAGCUAACAUCUGCUCAUCUUCAUUGGUAUUAAAGAGUUAUUACAGAACAUGCUUAGUGGUGAGCCUCAGCUGGGCCGUGAACGUAUACUCUAGAGUAUGCAGCCUUCCUUGUACCUCUUGUCUCACACACACACACACACACACACACACACACACGC